AUGCGGGCUGCCGCCUGCCUUCUCUCCCUGGCGCUCUGCGCCUUGCCCGCUGCCCCAGGCGCCGGGCCGGCGACAGCGGGGCGGCGGGGCGAGAGCCGCUUCGCGGAGCGAGAGAGCAUCAGGCCCCUGCGGCUGGUCUCCGGCGGCGGCGGCGAGGGCGGCGGCGGGGCGCGGCGGCCGGCGCUGAGCACGCGGGUGCGGAGCGGCGCGGCGCGGACACAGUCUACCCACAUUGCUCGAGCCAGCUUCCAGGUUGAUGCUUUUGGAUCAUCUUUCAUCCUAGAUGUGACGCUAAACCAUGACCUGCUGUCUUCUGAAUAUCUUGAGAGGCAUAUCGAGCAAGGUGGGAAGACAGUGGAAGUUAAAGGAGGAGAACAUUGCUAUUAUCAGGGAGAAAUUCGAGGAAAUCCUGUAUCAUUUGUUGCCUUGUCAACAUGCCAUGGAUUACAUGGGAUGUUCUAUGAUGGAAAUCAUACUUACCUUAUUGAGCCAGAUGAAAACUACACUUCAGAUGAUGACUUCCAUUUCCACUCUGUUUACAAAUCCAAGUUGUUUGAGUUUCCUUCGGAUGACCUGCCAUCUGAGUUCUGGCAAAUGAAUACUACAUCGCAGAAGUUUGUUGUAAAGCCAAGACACAAAAGAAGUAAAAGGCAGGUUCGUCAGAUUCCACGUAAAGUUGAAGAGGAAACAAAAUACAUUGAGUUAAUGAUUGUAAAUGAUCAUCUAAUGUGUAAAAAGCACCGCUUGUCAGUCGGCCAUACAAACAGCUAUGCUAAAUCGGUUGUGAACAUGGCAGAUUUAAUAUAUAAAGAACAACUUAACACCAGGAUAGUAUUGGUUGCCAUGGAAACCUGGGCUACUGAUAACAAGUUCACCAUAUCUGAAAACCCCUUGGUGACCCUACGUGAGUUUAUGAAAUAUAGGAGGGAUUUUAUCAGAGAGAAAAGUGACGCAGUUCACCUUUUUUCGGGGAGUCGAUUUCAGAGCAGUCGAAGUGGUGUAGCCCACACUGGUGGCAUCUGCUCCUUACUUAAAGGCGGAGGUGUGAAUGAGUUUGGAAAGCCAGACUUAAUGGCAGUUACCCUGGCACAGACCUUGGCCCAAAACAUUGGCAUUUUCUCAGACAGAAGAAAACUUAUAAGUGGUGAGUGUAAGUGUGAGGACACAUGGUCUGGAUGCAUAAUGGGAGACACGGGAUAUUAUCUUCCAAGCAAGUUCUCCAAAUGUGAUAUUGAAGAGUAUCAUGAAUUUUUAAACAAUGGAGGUGGAGCCUGCCUUUUCAAUAAACCAACCAAACUUCUGGAUCCUCCAGAAUGUGGCAAUGGCUUUGUGGAAGAUGGAGAAGAGUGUGACUGUGGGACUAUAGCUGAGUGUGCCAGUGAAGGAGGAGAGUGCUGCAAUACUUGCACCCUGACGGCAGGCUCCCAGUGCAGCAACGGGCUUUGCUGUCGGAAGUGCCGGUUUGAACCUAAAGGAGUUUUGUGCCGAGAAGCAGUGAAUGAUUGUGAUAUUGCAGAGAACUGCACAGGAAAUUCCAGUCAGUGUUCUCCCAAUAUUCAUAAAAUGGAUGGAUAUUCAUGUGAUAACAAGCAGGGUAUUUGUUUUGGAGGAAGAUGUAAAACCAGGGACCGGCAGUGUAAAUAUAUCUGGGGUGAAAAAGUGACAGCUGCUGACAGGUACUGCUAUGAGAAGCUGAAUAUUGAAGGGACUGAGAAAGGAAACUGUGGAAGAGACAAGGACUCUUGGAUACAGUGCAAUAAACAGGAUGUGCUUUGUGGGUACCUUCUGUGCUCCAAUAUAUCCAGUGUGCCUAGACUCGGAGAACUUGAUGGUGAAAUCACAUCGUCAAUCUUGCAGUUUGGAAAAGUUUACAAUUGCAGUGGUGGCCAUGUGAAGCUUGAUGAGGAGACGGACUUGGGCUAUGUGGAGAAUGGGACGCCGUGCGGGCCGAACAUGGUGUGCCUUGAGCAUCGCUGCCUCCCCACCGAGGCCUUCAACUUCAGUACCUGCCCAGGCACCACAGACAGCCAAAUUUGUUCAGGACAUGGUGUUUGUAGCAAUGAAAUAAAGUGUGUCUGUGACCGAUUCUGGGGAGGAGAUGACUGCAGUUCUCGUAUCAAAGAUGAUAUAUUUUUUGAUAAAGAUGCCAUCAAUAAAGGUGUUGUUAGCACAAAUAUAAUAAUAGGGGCUAUUGCUGGCACCAUUUUAGUGUUGGCUCUCGUUUUAGGAAUAACUGGUUGGGGUUACAGAAACUACAGAAGACAGAGACAAAUACCCCAGGGAGAUUAUGUAAAAAAGCCUGGAGAGGCCGACUCUUUUUAUAGCGACAUGCCUCCUGGAGUCAGCACAAACUCUGCAUCUAGUUCUAAGAAGAGGUCUGCUUUUCUGUCGCAUUUUCAGAUUUCUACCUGUUCCAUCACCCAUUAUUCCAUUAGUCAGAACAUUUCAUUGUUUUGCAGCAGGUCAAAUGGAUUAUCUCAUUCCUGGAGUGAAAGGAUCCCAGACACAAAACAUAUUUCAGACAUUUGUGAAAAUGGGAGGCCUAGGAGUAAUUCUUGGCAAGGUAAUAUAGGAGGAAACAGAAAGAAAGUCAGAGGCAAAAGAUUUAGGCCACGGUCUAAUUCAACUGACAGGGUAACCCAUGCAUCUGAGCCUGGGCUUUCUCUCGCCCACCAAAUCCCGGCCCAAGGCAUAAGCCCAGGGGGUUCUGACCACCCCCAAACAGGGAGUCGGGAUCACAGGUAUUUAAACCCAUGGUUCAAAAGAGAAUAUAAUGUAGCUAAGUGGGUAGAAGAUGUGAAUAAAAACACUGAAGGACCAUACUUUAGGACACUGUCUCCUGCAAAGUCUCCGUCUUCGUCCACUGGAUCUAUUGCUUCCAGCAGAAAAUACCCUUACCCGAUGCCACCACUUCCUGAUGAGGAGAAAAAAGCCAACAGGCAAAGUGCCAGGCUAUGGGAGACGUCCAUUUAGCUGCACUGUUUUCCUGGGGUGACAUCAGAACUG